AUGGAAGACGUGCUAUCUAGAGCAUGGGCAGAAAUCAGGUGGGAAGAAGAUCCAGCCUACAAGCAUCGACACUCCCCACACUCUGAUUCAUGUGUGGUGAAGAACAAAAGAUCAACUAGAGAUGAAAAGUCGUAUCAAAGACCUCACAGUGAAAAUGCCAGCAGGAGAAGUGACAACAGAGACGCUCAUCGACCAAUCAACAAGAUCGAAAGCGAGAUGCGACCACCAUCAACCUGGCCUGACAUGAGUAACCUUUCACUUUCUCUUGUAAAACUGGUUGCUGUGUUGCACCGUAAGAGUGCAAUGAAAGGCCACUUGAGGGAAUAUAUAUCCGAUAGAGCUAAAAAUCGCUUUAAUGAGAGAACCGACGAUAGAACGUUGAAGAAAUCUACUCCAGGAUCACCUCCAAAGCAUGAACGUAUCAUUCAUGUCAUCUCUGGAGGUUCGGAAAUCAGCAGAAUAUCACAUUCAGCUGCCAAAAGGAGCACUAGAAUUGCUAAGAAUCAUCAUGGAGAUACUCGAGUAAGGUGUAACGUUAUGCCAACAUGCAUCAUAAGCUUCACAUCUGAGGAAGUUGCUAACAGUUUGAUGAAAAGAACGUUGAUUGACAAUCGGAGCUCAGCAAACAUACUCUUCAUAAAAGCUUUCAAAGGAUUAGGCCUAAAAGGAUUAGGCCUAGACGAGUCUGCACUAACGCAAAAAUCUACUACGUUGGUCGGUUUCAGUGGCGAGGUUAAACAAACUGUAAGAGAAGUGAUGCUGCCUGUAUAUGCGGGAGGAAUCAACAAACAAACAAAGUUUUUGAUACUUGACUGUGCCUCAGCUUACAAUGCGAUUAUGGGAUGUCCUUGGAUUCAUGAGAUGGGAGUGGUCCCCUCAACUCUCCAUCAAAUCAUCAAGUUUCCCACUCCCUGGGGGGUUAAAGAGAUCAAAGGAGAGCAAGAAAAUUCGCGUUAA